AUGCUUUCCGCCAUGACCCGGCCAGAAGACACAAUUCGGGGGCCACGACCCUACCGCGGUGAAACCGAGGAGGAUGACGGCGAGAAAGGGCCGACCGAGUCUCUGGUCCCGCCUCCGUUGUCCUGCAGCGAAGGCUCGCCGUGCACAGAGGAUGAUGGAUCGAGACCGGGCACCGCGAUGAGCGACAACCCUGGCAGCGGUAGCAGGCAAAACCCUGGCCAGAAGCUGUUGACUCACGAGGAAACAAUCGAGCUCGCCCGCCGCGCAGUGGAUAGCGGUAUUCAGGAUACCAAGCGAUCUUUGGCAGGAAGCGAAGCUGUCACCGAUGUCGUCAAGCCGAAGUUGACGAUCGAUCUGGGUCAUUCCCACAUUGUAAGGAUACCAGAGCCAGUGGUGGACAUCAUCAAGGAUGAGGUAGAAAGACUUUCCCUGUCAAACAACCACCUGUUCCAUAUACCCUACCGCUUUGCUGAGUGCUCUCAUCUUCGGUAUCUUAAUAUCCGAGCGAAUAACUUCCGUGAAUUCCCUAAAGGAGUUUAUAAAUUACCUUUACUGGAGAUUCUUGAUCUUAGUCGGAAUAAGAUCAAUGCUCUUCCAGCUGAGAUCAACAAAUUGAAAUCGCUACGGGUGCUUUCCAUUAUGCAGAACCGGCUGGACGACCUACCAGUGGGGUUGUCCGAUAUGAACAAGCUUCAAAUCCUCAAAAUCGCAGGAAACCCAUUACGAUAUCCUCUCCGCCGUGUACUGGAAGCGUCAGAAGCUGACAUUGCACCUGCCAUGACCGACAAUGAAAAGGAGGUUGCUGUCACCGCAGAGCUAAAGAGAUUCCUUAAAUCUCGACAGCAAGCGACGACUCCGGAGCCAGAGAGUAGCGGUGAUGGAAGUGACAUUAUAUUCGAUACACCAAAGCCCGCGCCGGUUAAACGGAAACUGAGCAGUCGAUUUCCAGUCAUCCCAAGCACCGGUGAUGGCUCUGCUCCUUCCUCUCGAUCUCCAUCCAUCUCACGGCCGCCACUAAUUCCGGCCAAGUCACACUUCCGAAUGGCUUCUGGCCAACAACCUGCCGGUUAUCAUAUGCCUGGCCUCCAGCGGCCCGGUGUAACACCUCACUCUGUCAACGAACGCAACCGAAGCAACAGUGAGGGCAUUAUCCAAGCAUCUUUUGCAGCUCGCAACAAGCGUAUGGGCGUUAUCACUCGCAAGAACACUGAUCUUGGAACGUUGGAUGAAACUCGGCCAUACCGAAAUAGUCACUUGCGUGGACUCAGUCAUGGUUCUGUCCUUCGAGCACACCAGGCAGCAUCAACUCCUGCUAGCGGCAGCAGCUCUUCAAGUCCCAGUAGCCCAAGGGAUCGCCGACGCGUACGGGAUGGCUGGAUCAACCGGAUGUCCAGUCUUCCGGAACAUAAAGGCGAGCGCGGAUCCGACGAGCCCAUUAUCGAGAGCGCCAAGGGCAUCCUAUUUGCACUCUUCCAGUUUCACUCUCACAUCUCUACCCUGAUCAAUGUCAUCAAGCACGACGACACACGGCGUCACAGUCUCGAGCUGGUGUUUUACAAUGCGUCCACCCAUGUCGAUCGGCUCAACGAGGCUCUUGAGAAUGCCGAAACUUCCCUACCCGAAGAUCCCGAUUCUGCACGGGUAGUCACAGAAGCUGUCAAGCGAGAAUGCGAGACAUGUAUCAUAGCCUACACUCACGUUGUCACACAGCUGCGCAAUAGUGCUGCGAAGAUCGUUUCCAACGGCGACUCGCGGUAUGUACGCUCCCUGAUGCUGAUGAUGUACGGUAGUCUGGUGGAACUACGGAAUGCCUGUGCUAGCCUCAAUGUCCCGAUGCACCAGCCCCAAAAGCGUAUCUCAGCUCCCAAGCCACCGGUCUCGGAGCCUGUCAAAGGAGCUCCAGGUCCGGACCGAUUCCAGCGAUCCAUGGUCACUCCAACGAGGGAUCCAGCUCCUCCGACUCGGCGAUUGCGAAGCGAUACUACCAUCCGCCAUCCCCAGAUGGCGAUGGGUGGACCCUUGUCUUUGUCUACAACCACCCAUUCAGCAACUGGGUCUCCUGGCUUUUCUACUCCGUCCUUCAACUACGCUCGCAGUCGAUCCAGCAGUCGAUCCAAUCUGGUGAACACUUCUGUGCCAUCGUCAUUGGCGACGCCACGCUCUGGGGAGGCGUUCCCUCCUAUCCCAGCAUCAGGCGGAAUGCCUCGAAUCAACCCAUUGACUGGGCUAGAUGAGAUUGAGGAAGAACGGAUUUUUGAAAAGAUCUUCUACCAGCUCACGUCGGCGUACACUUCUGCGCUCCAGGCCCUCCCACUGGCGCGGCGACAGUUCUCCCGAUGCCUCGAAGUGGCCGAGCAAUCGCGCGACUCAGAAGGAAUUCAGAUGCUCUGGAACAACCUUAUUCGCCGGUGUCGUUUCUGCCUAGAGGUAUCAGAGGCUCUGGGAGUCCGUCUUUCCACCAUGAAGGUCAAGGAGCCGGGCGGUGGACUGCGCAACCAGCGCGAGUUUUGGCAGCUGUGCAAGACCUUUAUGCAAUCCUUCGUGGAUCUUGUGACCGACAUGCGAGAAGUGCGCAGCAUGCAGUUACUCCCGGGGGACGUCAUCGUUAUUCUACGCCCGGUCCAAAAGGCCAGUCGAGAGGCGGGCCGUUUGGUCGAGGCAUCUCCUUGGUCAUAUCUCGCAGAUAUGGCCCCAAGCAAUGCGCCAAGCGGCUUGUAUGGACCACCGCUACAACCGCCGCACCCACAUUCGCAGCACCAGACUUCAGUCUCGACGUCGGCCAUCGGGUCUCACCCGAAUGCGUACCAGCUAGCCACCGGUAUAUCCCCUCAGUCAGUGACUGUCCCAGCAACUCCACUGAGCGCCGCGCUCGGCCCCGCCGCGCAGGCCACCGUACCUUCCACGCCAGCGAGUGCAUACAGCGAUAAAUUCUUCGAGGGGGACGUCUUCCAGCGCGCAGACUCACUCCUCUCAAUGCCAAACCAAGCACCCUUCUUCACUCGCCGGUGA